AAAUAACAGGUGCACUAUGACAAGAGUCCAUUGAUCCAUUACAGCCAAAAUGAGCGGACGAGUAGGAGAUCUCAGUCCCAAACAAGCCGAGGCCUUGACACAGUUCAAGGGGAGAUUAGAAGAUGUGUGUGACCAGCUGCCCAAUCAAACUGAUCAUUACCUGCUCCGCUGGCUUAGAGCCCGAAGCUUUAAUGUCCCGAAGGCUGAGGCCAUGCUUAGGAAGAACCUGGACUUUCGCAAGCAUAUGAAAGUCGACAAAAUCAUUCAGGACUGGAGGCCACCAGAGGUCAUCGAGCGUUACGUGUCCGGUGGAUUGUGCGGUUACGAUCGUGAAGGAAGUCCCAUCUGGUAUGACAUCAUCGGACCUCUUGACCCCAAGGGUCUCUUACUGUCGGCUAGCAAACAGGACUGUCUCAGGACCAAAGUCAGAGAUGCUGAAAUACUACGGCGGGAGUGCGAGAAGCAGUCUGAAAAGCUCGGCAAGUACAUCGAAGCCAUCACCAUCAUCUAUGACUGCGAGGGACUUGGCAUGAAACAUCUGUGGAAACCUGCUGUUGAGAUGUACGGCGAGGUUCUGACCAUGUUUGAAGAGAACUAUCCAGAGAACCUUAAAAGACUGUUUCUGAUCAAAGCCCCUAAACUCUCAAUUGCAUACAACCUGGUGAAACACUUCUUGCGUGAAGAAACGAGACAGAAGAUCAUCAUACUGGGUGCGAACUGGAAGGAGGUGUUGAGGAACUAUAUUGAUGCGAAUCAGUUACCCGUCAUUUACGGAGGCUCCAGGACCGACCCCGAUGGAGACCCUUACUGUAAGACCAUGUUAAAUUAUGGCGGAGUAGUGCCGAAAUCAUAUUACGUGCGGGAAUCUAUAAAAGUUCAGUAUGACCAGAACGUCCCUGUGGGUCGAGGGUCCUUCUACCAGCUGGAGUAUGAGGUUCUCUUUCCCAACUGCUUACUACGAUGGCAGUUUGCGAGUGAAGGGUCUGAUAUUGGUUUUGGACUCUUCCUGAAGACCAAAGGGAAUGACACAAAAAAACGCGAAGACAUGCAGGAAAUCAUUCCCAUCCAGCGCUACAAUUCCCACCUGGUUCCAGAGGACGGAUCUCACACCUGUGAGGAUGCAGGCAUCUAUGUGGUCCGAUUUGACAACACAUACAGUGUGAUUCAUUCAAAGAAGAUCAGCUUUACUGUGGACGUGCUUCUACCUGAAGGACAAUUGAUGACAAAGCAGGCGUGAAUCCCACCUUACCUCAUAUUACUUCAAUCAUAUAGCCAAAAUAUAUGUUGAACACACUGUUUCAAUCGUGUAAAUUCAGAUCACACUAUGAGUUUUUGUGUAUUUGUAAAAUGAUGUGAUUCAUAAUUGUGUAGCCCACUUUAAAAGUCUCUGUAUGAAGCUCUAAAAGUCAUUUCAGAGUCUGGAAAGUGUACAUGUAAUGUAAAUGUACAUGUUUUUUUCUUAAGUCAACGUUAAGUUGAAAGCAAGCCUGUCUCAGCAGGUGGUAAUGCACACAUCUGGAAAGAGAAACUAUUUUGUGUAUGAAAGAUGAUGAAAUGCAAGCUGAUGGAGACUUCAGGUAUGAGUACGCUCUGCAGAUAUAUUGAUUAUGAGCCAAUGAGAAUAUCCCAUGAUAACCGGUCCAUGGACCGUGUAAGUUAAAGGGUAUUUUAGUGAGUCAUAUUUACAGUAGACUCAUAAUAGAGUUAAUAAAAAUAUGUAGGACAUUUUGUAUUUUCCAUGUUUUUUCCAAAUGCGGGUGUAAAAAUGCAUUAUCCUGAAAAUCAAAGCAAUAUUUUAAAAACAACAUGAUCACAUGACCAAAUUCUUCUUUCUUUGUAACACUAGAGGACGCUGUUGCUUUAGCUUUCAUUAGGGUUCAGUCUGUGGACACAUCAUGGAAAGUUAUAACUUCCUUACUAAAUAGUUAUUACUUCCAAAAGUGUCAAAUCCAUUGGGUUAUAAUAACAUGUACUCUUUUAAUGUGAUUAAAUAAAAAAUCUGCAUUGUCAAAUUCA